CUCUCCCCGUCACCACGCCAUGCCCUCAGAUAGAUCGACAAAAAAUAGUUAAUUGAGCGAGCAAGGAGAUGAUGAUGGUGGGCGGGGAAACCGGUGGUCUGUUGGCAGCUCGCAUUCCGCCAUGGUCUUCCCACUUCGAAGAUCCGUCUGUUGGUGUGGGUUAUGGUCUCGCUGCCGCUCGUGGCAGUGGAGAUUACGGCGGGUCAUCGGCCCUUGCUGCGACGCUGCAGAAGUACUUACCUUGCGACGAGUUCGCCGCGCCGGCGCCGGAGGAAGAGGUGGACGAGUCGGAUGUUGCCUUGGACGUGUACUCGUCCGAUGAGUUUCGGAUGUACGAGUUUAAGGUGCGGCGUUGUGCGCGCGGCCGCUCCCACGACUGGACCGAGUGUCCCUUCGCACAUCCGGGGGAGAAGGCGCGCCGUCGCGAUCCGCAUAUGUAUCACUACUCCGGCGCCGCCUGCCCUGACUUCCGAAAGGGUGGUUGCAAGCGCGGCGACGCGUGCGAGUACGCGCACGGGGUGUUCGAGUGCUGGCUUCAUCCUGCCCGCUAUCGCACGCAGCCCUGCAAGGACGGCACCGCCUGCCGCCGCCGCGUUUGCUUCUUCGCCCAUACGCCGGAUCAGCUUCGCAUCUUUCCACAGUUGCAGCAGCAGCCGACGUCGGGUAAGUCAGCGGUAGCGGCCGUCGAGUCGUACGAUGGCUCGCCACUGCGACAGCAAGCUAUGGAGUCGUACAUCUCGAAGCACUUGAUUUCCACGUCCCCAACCACGACACUGCCGCUCUCCCCGCCGUCGGACUCACCCCCGAUGUCGCCAAACACGGCUACCCUUAGGAGCGCCGCCUGGCCCGUUCGAACAUCGAUCAACGAAAUCGUCGCCUCUAUGCGCCAGUUGCAGCUAAAGAAAGCCAACACGUUCCCCUGCUCAUGGGGAUUACGAACAACCAAUGGCCCCUUCUCGUCACCACGUGGCAGGCCAGGUUUCUGCAGUCUACCGGCGACCCCCACCGCGGUCGCCGGCGGCGUAAGCUGGUUCGACGGCAUCGAUGUCGGCGGCUUCGCUCCGUGCGAAGAACUGGCGGAGAGGGUCGAGUCCGGGAGAGCCUUGAGGGCCAAGAUCUUCGAGAAGCUGAGCAAGGAAUGCGUGAUGGAGAAAUCUCCGGACGACGUAUCGCCGGACGUCGGUUGGGUAUCAGACCUGGUGAAGUAAACGAUUUUAAAUAAAUUCAAAAAAACAUACAGCAAAAAAAAUCGGACGGACGAAAUGUUAGUGGUUUGUAAAUAGUGAACUUAGAAGCCCCAUAAGGAUGUAUAGUACAACUGUACAUAGCCAACGGACGGUGGGGAUCUGGUUUUGUGAUUCUGUGCAGGAAAACUCCAGGAUUGGCUACACUGGCGAGAAGGAUCAGCUUUAUCUUGUGGAAAUUUCAUUUGAAAGCGUUAUGUUUAAUUUUUUUUUGCUUAAUUAUUAAAAUAGCUUUGGAUUUUAUUUGGAAUGUUAUCAGGUCAAUCUCAUUAUUAUAAUGUAAGAUAAUGCUUCUUCCGGUUUUGUAAACCGGGUGAGA